CAGGAAGGUUGAUUCGGUUUAUAUUAAUAUUUUCGAUAUUUUAUAUUUUUCUGGCUAAUUUACAGUUGCUGAUUAUUAAUAAUUGUAUUUAAUUGAUGCACAUAUAUUUGGGAAGCCAGUAAAAGUCGAGAAACACUUAUUUUUUUUGUUUAUUAAAUGUUUGAUAUCUUAUUACUUCACGAGUCGCCACUGAGUAUCAACACUUUUAAUGUCAAAAAAUCAACAAUUAAUUUUUUAAUUAGAAAUAUAAAUGCAAAGAUCAUAAAAAUAAGUCUUACGGUUCAGGGUCCAUAGACUCUUUAGUGUGAUGCCAGUGAAAAUCAGAAAGUAAUAAAAUAGUUUUAAAUUUAUUAUUACAUAACCUCACUUUGUGAGAAGCUUGUGAAUAAGAAGAAAUAGUGCUUGUAUUAAAAUAAAUACAAUGGCUGAGAAAGAAGAGUUUGAACGAGCUGUAGACAUUGUUACGGACCAAGAGCAAGAAUAUGCACAAAAAGCUUUAAAUGAGUUUAAAAAAAAUAAUUAUGCUGGUGCUUUACAAUUUAUUAAUAAGUUGGAUAAUAGAAUUAAUGAUUUUAAAGUAGCUCAUAACAAAGCUCUUGUGGAAUAUUGCAAAAGCGAUUUUAAGAAGAGUGAAACAUUUCAAAAGAACCUAACCUCUAUUUGCAAUCAAUUUAAGAUACGUCUCGACAAAUUGGAUGAUGUGGACCAAUGCAUUGUUCAUUAUAAUCAAGCGAUUCUGUUAUAUCACCAACAACAAUAUACUAAUGCUAUUUACAUAAUGGAUAGAGUGUACAAAUUUAUUGAACCAAUGGAUGACGCAUUGGCUAAACAAGUUAGUCUUUUUGCUGUUGAACUACAACUAUGUGUGCGUCAAUCAGAUAAAGCUCUCAGUUUAAUAAAUUACUUAGAAAAUCAAUUAAUCAAUGGGACUCCAAAUAUCAAAUUGUUGGAUAAAAGCGCUAAGGAAAAAGACAAGAAAGCACCACAGCCUCUAGACCCAGCAAUGGAAGAAUUUAAGAAAAAACUUAUAAAAUAUAAAAUCCGUUGUUAUUUAAUGAACCACAAUCUUGAAAUCGCAAACAAAGAAAUCAGCAAUUUGUUAAAAGACAAACAAAAUUUUCGAGCCUUGUUCCUAGCAGCUAAUUUAGAAUACCUCAAAGGAAACUUGAUUGAGGCCCAAAAACUUCUAGCUGCUGUACCACCCGAUUAUCUUGUUUACAAUGAUAGCGGUGAAUCGUCAACUUUGAUGUUUUACAACAAUAUGGGUGUGAUCCACCACGCAAUGGGCAAGCCCAACCUGGCUUGUCACUAUUUUCAACUAGCUUUAAAGGAGGAUAUAGCUCUGACGAACAAUGCAAAGAAAGACAAGGGAUUGGAUGACAAAUUUUUAUAUACACUGGGGGGCUCAAAAUACCACGAAUUAAUGUAUAACUUGGGGGUUUCUCUGCUUCAUGCUAAGAGGCCGGUGCAGGCGUUUGAUUGUUUGAUAAUUGCAGUGAGGAGGUAUCACAGGAACGCGAGGUUGUGGAUGCGGUUGGCCGAGUGCUGUAUCAUGGCCACUAAAGAGUCAAACGAAAUUGAUUUUGAUAUUCAAAGAAAACAAAAAGAAAUCGUAGUUGACGUUAUUGGCUCUAAAGACAAGCAAAAAGUCGUUCUUACGACAAACGUAUCCAAAGAUAAAAAAUACAGUACUGAAAGUCAAUCAUACGCCGUCCCUGUACCAUCCCUCGAAUUUGCCUCAUUGUGUUUACGUAAUGCUUCCACUUUGCUUCCUUCUGAUACAGUAUCAUCUCCUAUUCCCCUUUUUUUGAUACCUGGGGGAAUCCCCCCUGUCUCAUCCUGUAGCCCCAGUCCCGCUCCCUCUUCUCCUUUGUCCCCCGAAAGUGUAAUGAGCCUCCGUAACAGUAUUCUGGCUGCAAGUGCAUACGUCUCCCUUUGUUUAGGCGACUAUAUUCUCGCACUAGAACAUGCGGAAAAUCUUUUGCAACAACCGCGAUUAUCAGGCGCUCAUAAAUUACUUGGUCAUUUGUACUGUGCUGAAGCACUAGUUUUAUUAGACAAAAUUUCAGAAGCCUUGGAACAUUUGAACCCUGAAAAUGUCAAACAUAUUAAUUUGGAAUUGCCAAAAGGGGAUGAAAGUGAAGACAGACGGAUUAAGACUUCGCCACCCCUAAAAUGGUUUCCUCAUAAUCUGCCUACUGCGAUUGCAACGAUGCAGUACAACAUCGCGGUGGCUAAGACAAUUAGAGGCCAACUAGAUGAAGCCAUAGCGCUUUUGAAACAAAUCUGGCAAAUGAGUAGUAAAUGUAAAGUGCCGGGACAUAUAAUAAUGUUACUUUUGUACAUUGAACUUAAGUUAGGUCGACCUGAGCCGGCCAGAAAAUUAAUUAAGCAGUACUUAUUUCAAAAUAGGUUGUAAUAUUAUUUAAUAAAAUUAUUUAGGAAAU